AUGAGUCAUCUGUUCAGAACUCCACUUGCCUCAGGACCCAGGAAAGCAGCAAAGGAAACUCAAGGCCACUCACAGCUCCAUAUCAGUAACCAAGCAGGAAAUCAGCUGAUGGAGUUCAGACUUCAAAAUGCUUCCCAGAAGCAUGUCAAGAUCAGCAGGCACGGCCACUGCAAAAGUAAGGCACUGGAUGGACCUUUCAAUAGAAGCUCUGGGAUCCUGGGCAUCAUCUGGUUUGCCUUAUUGGUUGCCUUGGUGAUAACAACCAGAGUUGUCUCUCUAUAUAAUAAUCUUUCUUCAGCACAUCCUUGUGGUCAUUGUCAAAAGAAGUGGAUAUCGUAUUACCACAAUUGUUAUUACAUUGGUGUAGAGAAAAAAACUUGGAAUGACAGUUUAGUGUCCUGCCCUUCCAAAAACUCUACUCUACUUUACAUAGAUAGUGAAGAGGAGCAGGGAUCCCUGGCCAAUAAUGCUAAGGGAGACCCUAACAUAUGGUGCAUUGGCUGGGAAGCCCCCUCCAAGAUCCCUGACACCUUGAGUGUUGGAAACCUGGCCAGCUGGAAGCUCAAGGUAACUGAGUCUGGAGGCUCAAGUUUGCCUGGUGGACGCCCUUGA